CGCCAAUUCUGGAUGAUUGGAAGCAAGGCAUCAUUCGCUUAUUUAGCAAUUCAUCAUACUCACAUCCGACCAUUCGCAUCCAAAGUUGCACGAGGCUGCCUCUGCAAUUGCUUUAUUCGCCCGGCAAAGCACGACGAAUAUUCUUAGAGCUCACCUGAAACAGGGGAAUCUCGAUCUGACCCUGCAACAUAAAGGAACUCGUCCACGUACUCGGCAGUUUGUUGAAGUUGUCAACAUCAAAUCAACGAACGCGGGAUUUCAACGUCAUUCUUUGCCCAGACCAAGAAAACCCAAACAUUUCAAACUCGAUCGAUCUUUCUUGCCGUACAAUCUGAUAAUACGAAAAUAGCCAAGGCAGGAACAUCCAUCCCUUGAAAGCGACGGUAUUCACACGACCUUUCGCUUCACAUUUAACGACAACAUCACAACCUCACUCGCAGUCAACAGUCACCCCUACUUAUUCCGUUGCAAGUCCAUCAAACAAAACUUCAACUUGGUCACUCAUUUUCCAACCCCCCAUCACUCUAGACCACAACGACUGUCUCAAGUCUUUUUACCGAUAAAACCGGCGCCGCUCCCCAGGACUCGUCUGCCUCUUCUGGGGAAUCUUCCACCACGUCCACACCCAAGCGUCCGUCAAUCUUCCAACGACUCCAUUUACAUCCUGGGAGAAGAUCCAAGACAACCCCGAAUCUUACCAUUCGACCUACGACUUCCUCAUCCCUGCCGCCUCUCUCCACCGACGUCGUCACCCGAGCUGGGCCCGGCUCAUCUCAUUCCAAUGCCGCCACAAUCGCCGAGAUAACUCAAACCAUGCCACAAUCUUUGAGCAUCAGCAACCCACCGUCGGGGCCCGUGAAGCGGCAGAGGUCGUCGCAGGAAUUGGCCAACAAUGCUGCGGCUGGGUCGUCAUCGCUAUCUGCUUCAAGGUCUUCGAACGAAUCGGCCGGUGAGAGCGCCAACUCCAGUCGACAGAAUCUCAUCAAGGUACCGGCGUACCUGGACAAGGAUCGAGCAAAGAUCACGGCUGCUUUUGCGGAUAUAGGAUGGAAAGAGCGAUUUCGCUUGCAAGAUGCCCUUACGAACGAGUCCUCUCCGUUUCGCCUCGAUCGGUCGGUCGCUGUCAUAAGUCGCAAUCGUUACGGAAACGUCCAGCCUUGGGAUUCGUCAAGAAUCAGGCUGAGGAAGCCCAUCGGGGGAUCGGACUAUGUCAAUGCUUCACCCAUCAGACUCUCCGACCGCCUAAUCCAGGACAAGAUUCGCAAGGGACACAGUCCUUCGCGGGGCCAUGAGAAUAAUUCACCUGACGGUUCCUCCGACGCUGUGUAUUGGUAUAUCGCCACACAAGGUCCGAAAGAAGGCCAGUUUUCCCAUUUUUGGCACAUGGUACUGCAAGAAACCACGGGGGAUGUCGGGGCGAUUGUGAUGCUCACUCAACUAUACGAAGGUGCAAAGGAGAAAUGCGCACAAUAUUUCCCCUGGGAUAUGCAAAAUCCCACACUCAAACUCCCCGCACACGAAGAAAGCGAAGAAAGCAAAGAAGACGCUGCUGGAGAUAGCGCAAGCGAUGGUGACCCUUUCUUCGAUUCCCCUAAAGUGAGCGCCGAUACUGAUAGUUUGGGAACAGAUUCCGGGUCUGCAGACUCAAAUCCUCAGAAGGAUGACGCCGAUGGAGUGGAAGGUCAAUGUGGCACCGUGACAUUGUUGUCCAUCAAUUAUGAUGCAAAGAUCGGGUGUGAAGUUCGACAGUUGCAGUUGACCAUCGGAGACGAAUCGAAAGUCAUUUAUCAUUAUUUGUUCAAUGGCUGGCCAGAUUUCGGAAAACCAGAAGCCGAAGACCGCCGGGCACUACUUGAAUUGACCAAGAUUUCCAAGAGGGUAGCAGGAGAUUCUCCACGGGUCGUUCACUGUUCAGCUGGGGUUGGUCGGACCGGCACUUGGAUAGCUCUGGACUUUCUCCUCCAUGAACUAGACUCUGGCCGACUUCUCGAGGCACCCUCAGACUAUAUCACAGCCAAACCCGCUCCGAAAUCAAAUGGCACAUGGGGUAGAAGUGGACCGCCUAAACCCACGACCCCCGAUUUCGUGGAGGAAGCAGAUCUAAUCUGGGAGACAGUCAACACUUUGCGCGAGCAACGAAUGAUGAUGGUCAUGAAUGAAGUGCAAUACAGCUUCCUCUAUGAAGUGCUGAAGGACGCCUUCAUCGAAAAGUAUGGGGCAAAGGAAACCGGACCGGUCGUGUCCGAAGCCCAAGAACCCAGCCCGAAAGUGGCGCGUAAGAAAUCGCCAUUCGGUGGGAUGUUCGAGGGCACCAGAGUUGGUAAGGUCAAGAGUGUAGAGGACACUGUGUCAGAGGGUGGAGGAACAUCAGACGCAGAGACUGAGAUUCUGGAGAAGGAGAGGAAGGAAGCCGACGCAGAAGCCGAAGCUGAAGCAGAAGAUCCUUAUGCAGCUGUUGCUCCGGAAAAGAUCAGGGAGGGACAGAUGAAGCAAGAGCAAAACGAUGUCAAGGAGCAUGAAGUACAGUGAACCAAAGCAAGGGUGGCUGUGUCACCGAGGGGGUUUACCAUGGUAAAUGCGGUCUAUCAAGCGUAAGUUGCAUGCAUCGGGACUCAUCAUUACUGCAUGGCUUGCGAUGGUUUGCUUCGGACUGGGGGGUUGUUGGUGAACUACGAAUACCUGGGCUGUGCUUCCCGGUUGGACAAGCCAGAAGUGCUUGCUGAUGAGGGUUUGUCCAUGACAGAGAAUGGGCACAAUCAUGUUGUAUUUUGUCUUGAUUGUAUAGGCACGGGUAGUUGGAAAGAAUGCAAGCAAUAGUGCGCUCUACAA